UGAGUUUUCUUUCAUCCGUUAUUGGUCUUUUAACUAAUGGACAAAAAUAGGAGUACCUUUUUUCUCUUUGCUCUUUUUGAUUUGCUAGUCCUUUCAACAGCUCAUUUCGCGAGUGGUGUUGAGUAUGUAUCGGCCUUAGGCGACCCAGGGAUGAGAAGGGAUGGCCUGAGAUUGGCAAUAGAGUCAUGGAAUCAGUGCAAUGAAGUUGGAGAAGAAGUUCCACAAAUGGGUAGCCCAAGAGCUGCUGAUUGUUUUGAUAUUUAUAAGGCAGAAGAACCACAGACCAAAGAGAAGAACUGCUCUAUGUGCAACUUUUCUCCCUACACUGUGGUCCAUAAAGUCACAGAAAAUGACAACAAGCUUGGCAUUGGUGAUACCUUUCAUGGAAUGCAAGUCCAAGCCCUUUACAAUGCAGAUCUUUAUGCUGCAGAGAAAGAACUUUAUUUGGGAUCUAAAUGUGAGGUUGAAGACAUCCCUAAUCCAUGGCAAUUCUGGAUGAUCAUGCUUAAGAAUGGAAAUAUGGAUACAUUGGCUGCCAAGUGUCCUCGGAACGGCCAGAGAGCCGCACCGUUUUUACCGGAUGGUAGCUUCCCUUGCUUUGGCAUAGGCUGCAUGAAUCAACCAUUGAUUUAUCAUGAAUAUACCACACUGCAAGGCCCCAAUAGGACAAUGCUCAAGGGAAGAUUUUUUGGAUCAUGGGACUUGGAUGCUGACUUGAGUUCAGGAUUAGUGCAAAACAGAUCUUACUACUCUGUGACAUGGGAGAAGGAAAUUAGCAAGGGAAGCUGGAUUUUCCAUCACACUUUGAGGACCUCAAUAAAGUAUCCAUGGUUAAUGCUUUACCUAAGAUCGGAUGCUACAACUGGUUUUUCUGGAGGAUACCAUUACCCUUCUAGGGGAAUGUUCAAAAUUAUUCCAGAAUCACCUAACUUCAAAGUGAGAUUCACUCUGAAUGUGCUUCAAGGUGGUGGAAAUAGCAGCCAGUUCUAUCUGAUUGACAUUGGAAGCUGUUGGAAGAACAAUGGCAAGCCAUGUGAUGGUGAUGUGAAGUCAGAUGUGACCAGAUACAAUGAGAUGAUUAUUAACCCAAGCACAACUCCAUGGUGCAAUGCAAACAGCCUCAGCCUAUGUCCACCUUAUCAUACAUUCCCCAACGGCACGCGAGUGCAUCGCAAUGACACUGCUCGCUUCCCUUACGCGGCGUACCACUUAUACUGCUCUCCAGGGAAUGGAGAGCAUCUUGAGGCUCCAUACAUGUUGUGUGAUCCAUACAGCAAUCCUCAGGCUCAGGAGAUAUUGCAGAUUCUGCCACAUCCAGUGUGGGGUGAAUAUGGUUAUCCUACCAUCAAAGGACAAGGUUGGAUUGGAAGUCCAAAGACAUGGGACCUUGAUGUUGGAAGAUUGUCACAAUCACUUUACUUUUAUCAGGAUCCUGGAACUUCACCAGCUAGAAGGCAAUGGACAUCUGUUGAUUUAGGAACAGAAAUUUUCAAAGAUCCUCAACAGAUUGCUGAAUGGACUGUGAGCGACUUUGACAUUCUCAUACCUAAGCAAUGAAGCCAAUUCAUCAGAGAUUAAUGAGUUUCUCUGUGGACAUACAUAUUCAAUAUUAUACAUAUUUUAUUGCUUGUAAUCUUUUC